AUGAUACCAAUUCUCUGGACCCUGCUGCUCGCCACUGGCUUAGCAGCUCCGCUGUUCAAAUAUCCGAUGUACGCCUUCGUCGUCUUCAGCUUCACAAUAUUAUGGAAUCACCUNUUUCCAACCCCAAAACCAGAUCCGGAAGUCCUGCUUCUACCGACUAAGAAGCCGUAUCUGGCUGCCUUGAAACCAAUGGAGAAUCCCGAAUCUGUAGACGGAGAUCAUUGUCCGACCUGCUGGGAUGAAUUCGACGCCACCAAGGCGCCUACGAAACUGUCUUGUAGUCAUGUUUUCUGCAACGAUGACAUAUUGGAAUGGAUGAAUUCUGGCAAGAACACCUGUCCAGUAUGCAANAAGGUGCUUUUCCAACAACCCAGAUUCCAAGGCAACGAUGCGAUUGCAGAAAAGGUACACAAGGCCAGAGUGUGUCUUGUGGCUACAAGCCUUCUCAUCACCCUUGUGCGACAGAUUUCUUGCUUCGUUAUCAGACAUCAAGGGACAAUCCACUGGACUUGGCAAUUCUUGAACCCUGUAUACUACCUCACUGGCUAUGGCUCCACAUGGCAUACUAUCAACGCCGCCAGCAUGAUAACCUUCGACGUCGCCCAACUCGCCACCACGUACCGCGGUUAUCAACUUCUGGGCCCCGAAUGGUUUAGGGUGUUCUGGGGUCACUGGGGUUGGUACGUGCUGAUGAUGAAUUUCACCGGCAGUAACCUCAAACACGACAUUGAGGCGUGUUGGCCACUUGCGCGCAUGGCUUGGGGUAUCCUACGCUGGAAGUGGUAUGGUAGCCAGGGCAGUCUUUUGUACUGGGGUGCAAAGGUUGUGGCAAGCAGUGCUGAGAAGGCUUCGGAUUUAGUUGUUGAGGUUACGGAUGCGUGGCAUAAGGAGGGCAAUAAGGUCAUAUGA